AAGACCUGUGCAAGUGCGUCAUCGCUCCACAGAGGCGCGCAGUAAGCACAGAGAUAUAGCAACAACAGAGAUAGCACAUCUGCCCGUACAGGGUCUGUCUCAAUCAAUACUUCCACCCUGCAUAACAAUCGGUCAACAUCGGCCAGCUGCUCCCUGGCUUGCACACAGUACUUCGCUCACACGCGUUCAAACCCUCGAAUUAACGAGGCUGGAGAUUCAACGGGGCACGGCAUCCUUUCCACGUCCCGGCAUUAGCGUCAUGUUCGAUAGGCGACCAGGUGGAUUAAGGGUGGGCAGACCCCCAUGACCAGUCGAUAGCUCUUCCAGUUUCGCAUCUUCCAGACCUAAACAUUAGUUCUACGUCUCGAUACACUAUUCAACGUUAUCCUGCCCAUAUGCUGAGGUCAAAAUAGCUUCGCUAUGGCUACGACGAAAAACAUAACGAGCGGCAAUAACGUGGACGCUACUAGCGAGAAAGAGACAUGUCAGGACAUGGACGUCGAGAAAGAUGGACCGCGAGCCAACCUGGAACGUCAGCCUUCUGAACCCCCCUACUCUGUCUUUAGCAAAGGCAUGAAGGCAUGGAUCAUCCUACUUGUUUCGAUCUCCGCUCUAAUAUCGCCGUUUGGCGCGUCUAUGUUCCUUCCAGCACUCAAUGUGCUUUCCAAUGUGUUGAACAUUACACCUACACAGGUCAACAUCUCAAUCACGACAUACAUGGUCGCCCAAGCUAUAGCUCCUGCUUUCCUCGGAACUCUAUCGGACAACAGUGGACGGAGAUUGACUUUCAUCAUAUGCUUCGUGAUCUACAGCAUCGGCAACAUCGGCCUCGCACUUCAAACGAACUACAUUGCACUUCUCAUUCUGCGUAUGGUACAAGCCGUGGGAGGCACAGCUGCUAUUGCAUUGACAAUGGCGGUUGUUGCGGAUAUCUCUACAUCGGCUGAGCGAGGAACUUACAUGGGUUAUGCACAAGCUGGUGUAUUGAUGGGCCCUGCUUUCGGUCCGACAAUAGGUGGGCUGCUGGCACAAUAUUUGGGCUGGCGAUCUAUCUUCUGGUUUCUGGCCAUCUUCUCUGGAGUACUGCUCAUAAUAUUCGUAUUCUUUUUCCCUGAGACUUGCCGAAAAGUCGUUGGCAAUGGCUCUAUACCUCCUCAGGGCGUCAACCGCUCCGUCAUUAGCUGCAUACAAGCGCGUAAGCUCGCUAAGCUGUCGCCCAACGAGAGCACAACCAAACCAGAAAAGACGAAAGUCGCCUGGCCAAAUCCGCUUGCAACGUUCCGCAUCUUAGCUGAAAAGGAGUCGGGAAUCAUCCUACUCUACAAUGGCCUCUUCUUCACUGGUCAAAUGGUUACGAUCUCUGCCAUCCCAGAACUGUUCUACGCUGCGUAUGGCCUUGAUGAAUUGCAUAUCGGUCUUUGCUACAUCUCGAAUGGUGUAGCUUCUCUGAUUGCCUCACUCACUCUGGGUCGAGUUGUUGAUUGGAACUUCAGACGCUAUGCUAAAGCUGUUGGUAUGACUAUAUCCAAAGGCAAACAGCAAGACCUCACCAACUUUCCCAUCGAGCGCGUUCGUCUACAGAUUCUGAUUCCAUGCCACAUCAUUGGUAUGAUCGGAGUGCUUAUCUUCGGCUGGACACUCAAAUAUCGAACACACAUCGUUGGCCCGGAAGUUGCCCUAUUCAUCAUGGGCUUUGGUGUGACUGGUGCAUUUAAUAUCACCAAUGGUUUGCUCCUCGAUCUCCAUCGUGAUAAACCCGCAGCUGCGACAGCAGCGGUCAACUUUGCCAGGUGUAUGAUGAGUGCUGGUGGCUCGGCGGCAAUUAUCCCAAUGUGCCAUGCUAUGAACCCGGGAUGGGCGUUUACGUUCAUAGCGCUGGUGAUGGCUGUAUUGCUUGGGGUCGUCAUUUGGAUCAUGAAAUAUGGAAUGAAGUGGAGACAAGAGUUAGCAGAAAAGACAAGGCUGAAGAGAGAAGAGAAGGAGAAAAAGGCAGAUCAAGAGAAGGUUACAACAAGGCAUCACUAAUCUAUUUUAUCAAGCUUUUCAUGAAUAC